GUAGCUCAGCCAAAGGCCGGCAGGAAUCACCUGCGCCUGGUACUUCGCGCGACUUGGAUAAGAUGCAGGUCGCCGCUCGUCAUAAUACGCGCAGCGCGGCAGUGCGCCCCAAGGCUGCAGCACGGCGCGUGCAGGUCAUCCGCGCUGCUCGCUAUGCCAACUGGCGUGAGCAGCUGGAGAGCUCCCCGUCGAGCUACAGCAGCAGCAGCAGCUCUUCCGUUGAGCCGAAAAAGAUUCUGAUGAUGGGCGGCACCCGCUUUAUCGGUCUGUACCUGGCUCGUCAGCUCGUCGAGGCGGGCCAUGAAGUGACGCUGUUUACCCGUGGCAAGAAGAAGGUGGCGUACGAGAUCCCGGACGACACGCCCGCCUCCUUCGCGACCUUCUCCCGCUCCAUCAAGCACAUCCAGGGCGACCGCAUGGACUUCCCCGAGGUCGAGCGUAAACUGGCUCGCGAGGGGUUCCAGGUUGUAUACGACAUCAACGGUCGUGAAGCGGUUGAGGUCGAGCCCGUACUUGCCGGUACUCGGUCCACCCUGGAGCAGUACAUUUACUGCUCGUCCGCUGGUGUGUAUCUCAAGAAUGACCAGAUGCCGCAUCGCGAAGAGGACGCCGUGGAUCCCAAGAGCCGCCACAAGGGCAAGUUGGACACGGAGGAGUUGCUCCGCAAGAGCGGCGUCAACUUCACCUCCAUCCGCCCCGUCUACAUCUACGGCCCCCUCAACUACAACCCCGUCGAGGAGUGGUUCUUCCACCGCCUGAAGGCGGGCAGGCCCAUUCCUGUGCCGGGUAGCGGACAGCAGGUCACCCAGCUGGGCCACGUCAAGGAUUUGGCCACCGCCUUCGUCAAGGUGCUCGGUAACAAGAAGGCUGCGCGCCAGAUCUACAACAUUUCGGGCGAGCGGUUCGUGACUUUCGAUGGCAUCGCCAAGGCCUGCGCCAAGGCCAUGGGCCUGCCGGAGCCGGAGCUCAUCCACUACAACGCUAAGGAAUUCGACUUUGGCAAGGACAAGCCCUUCCCUAUGCGUGACCAACACUUUUUCGCAUCCGUCGACAAGGCUAUGGCAGAGCUGGACUGGACGCCGGAGUUUGGUCUGUUGGACGGCCUCAAGGACUCGUACACGAAGGACUUUGGUCGGGGCACCUUCCGUAAGGAGGCCAACUUCAAGUGCGACGAUUUGAUUCUUGAGAAGGUGAAGGGCAGCAGCUUCGCCGCGGCCAGGGCCGCGCCCAAGGCUGCACCUGCCAUGAGCCGCUCCAGCUGGCGGUGAGGAGGAGGAGGAGGAGGAGCACCAGUGCCAGGACCGGGAACAGCAGCUGGACGGGAAGGAGGAGAGGAGGAGGCGAAGGAGGAAAGAAGCCGUGGUGGAUGCGAAUAGGGGUGGGGAGAGGAUGGCAGCGGUGGAGGUUGAGGUGGUGAAUUGGUGGUUGUGGUGGGGGCGCUUGCUUAGCCUUCGGUUGUGCUGGGGGAGCUGGUCCAUAACUUGUGGUGUGCAAGGUUGUGGAGAUUUGGAUGAUGGAGGUGCAUGGAGGGAUAGGGUGCUGGUAAGUCCGUUCUGGGCGUAAUUUUGUGUAUUUGAAGGCAGCUUUGAAGUGUUUUUUUUGGUUCCACUUUUGUUGCCUUCACGUCCGCGGCACCGUGGCACCGGCCUCCGGGAUGGGAUGGAAUCGGUUUUUUAUGUCCCCCCCUACCUCCUCUCUACCUCUCUUAUCUAUGGAAGGCCACUCCGAGGAAAGACGCUGGCGCGGGGGUGUCCUAUCCUGGCAAUUGUGGAGAUGUGUUUCCUAUUUAAGCCAGGGCGGCACACGCCAGUGGUUGCUCAGAAAUACCGCUCGGGAUGUUUUCCAUGGGAAAGAGUUUCUCGACUUGCGGAAGACGGAGGUGUUCAUCGUGACAGAUCCUCCGCCUGUGCAUUUGCUGCUGGGCUGUUGUUGAGCCAUGUUUUUUGGCGUAUUUUUGGAACCAUGUGAACCAUUUUGGAACCAACCCCUGGGGGGGGGGGGAAAUCCGCUUACAGAGACCAACAUCUAUCUGUACCUGUUCGCUUUAACUUCGAGGAUAUUC